UCAUUGUAUUCACUGUGAGUAUGUGAGUGUGUGCGUGCGCCUUGAAAGUGAAGUUCAAGUAUAAAAGCCAGCGACAAUUUAACAACUGGCACAGUCUACCCUUCGACACAAGUCAAAGAUCCCACACAACAGCUCUACAAAAUGUUCAAAUUGUUCGUUCUCGCCGCUCUGGUCGCCGUGGCCGCCGCUCGUCCCGGCCAUUUGGCUGCCGCACCGCUGGUCUAUAGCGCCGCACCCACAACCUAUGUGCAGGAGCACGCUCUGGCCAAGAUUGGCGCCGUCGUGAAGAGUGUGCCCACCGCUGUCUCACACCAGAGCGUCACCCAGGUGCAUAGCACGCCCUACGUUGAGGAUGUGGUUGCGCCCGUUGUGAAGACCACGGUGCAUGCCGCGCCCGCCGUUGCCACAUACUCGGCGGUUGCUCCGGUGGCCACCUACUCGGCCCUGCCGGCCACAUAUGCCGCCCAUGUGCCCUAUGUGAGGAGCGUGUCGCCACUGGCCUACUCCGCACCGCUGGCCUACUCCGCACCCCUGCUGCACCACGCACCGCUGACAUACGCAGCCAGCGCCUGGUAAGAGCGAGAGAACGAAAGAGUUUGAUAUAUCCAACACUACGAUGUUGACUUGUGUCCCACGAAAAUAAAAUCCAAAAAACCAAUCGAAUUUGAA